CAAAAUGUUUUUUAAAUCACUUUUAAUUUUUCUUUUAAGCGUUACAUUUUGUAACAAAAUUAGCGCUGAAGAAUCAUGUGCAGCCGAAUUAGGGCCGGCUCAAGAUUUUGUUUCCUCCGUUGACAAUAAUUUAUAUCUUUCUUGGAUGCCUCCACUUGGAUUUGAAAAUUGCGCUGUUGAUUAUAACCUUCAUAUCCAAAAUAUGAACACGUCGCAGUAUUUAGCGCCCGUUCAAAACUUGACGAACCUAAAUUUCGUUUUUGAUUAUGAUAAGAACGAUCAAAUUUGUAUCCACGUCAAAUCCACUUUAUAUGCUAAUCACGAUAGUGAAACAUCUGUUACUUAUUCGUAUAAUUUUUUGGAUCCUGUGGCUGAAUUGGGAGCUCCUGCUUCUUUUAUUGUUAAUAAUACCGAUGAAGCUUUGAUAUUAACUUGGACCCCACCGAUUGGUUACGAAAAGUGUUAUUAUUAUUUUAUGUAUUCAGUUAGUAUCGCUUCGAAGGAAACUGGAGAAUAUAUUUUUGCUUGGAAUAUGGGGGCUUAUUCUUUUACGUUUCCUUAUCCGGAGUAUCUUCCAAGUUUCUGCCAAGAUGUGGUCGUUAAUAUUUUGGCUUAUUAUAGAGUGGGGCCUGGAGGGUCAAUUUCGGAAAAUAUAGUUUUUGGUCCACCAAAACUUUGUGGCCGAAAUAAAUAAAACGUUUAAUUUAAACUAAAAAGAUUUCUAUUGCAAUAAAAAUUUAAUCAAUU